AUGCCGUCGCGCACUCGACAAGCAGCCGAGGAGGCUGAUGAGGAUUCUGGGCUCCGAAGCCUGGCCUUCAAUCAACCCCUGUCCUGGCGCGUGGGGCGUUCGGCUAUCCCAAUUGCAGACCUUCUCGAACGACUACAGUCCCUCGCCCAGGAACUUCGCAAGCUUGAACAAGAGGAAAUUGACAAAGAGUCUCUGCGAAAGGUCUCGCAGGAGCUUGCAAGCGCUCACCUCCUCGCCCACAAGGACAAGGGUGUCCGAGCCUGGGCCACGUGCUGCAUCGUGGAUGUUCUGCGACUAUGCGCCCCCGACGCGCCUUUUACACGUAACCAACUCAAGGAUAUCUUUACGUGCAUCGUCACCUCGAUAAUCCCCGCAUUGGCCGAUCCAUCCAACGCCUACAAUGCGCAACACAUCUAUGUCUUGGGCUCGCUGGCCGAGGUCAAGAGUAUUGUCCUUAUGACCGACUUGGAUCACCCCGAUAGCCUCAUCAUCCCUCUUUUCACCAGCUGUUUUGAUAUCGUCUCGAACUCCUCGAAAGCCUCUACCGGGGAAGAAAUCGCCAAAGGAGUCGAAUUCGACAUGACUCGUCUUCUUGUGACCGUGAUCGAUGAAACACCUGUUCUAGCUCCAGAUGUCGUGGACACCAUCGUCGCUCAAUUCCUGCGGGUCGACCCCAGGAUACUCGAUAAUUCCAGGAAGGGAAAACGAACCGACGCACCUCUCGAUGCCAAGCAAGACACCCUCCUGCUGAAGGAUUACCCCCCGGCGUACAAUAUGGCCAAGGCGAUAUGCCAAGCCUGCCCCGAGCGUAUGACGAGCCACAUUAGCCAGUAUUUCAAUAACGUGAUUAUCGACGCCUCGGCUCCCGGUCAGUCAAACGGCUCCAAAGGUGGAGCUCGCAAGUCCCAUCUCGACGAGUCGGACGAAGAGGGUGAAGACAUCAAAGAAUUGAGCAAAGCGCAUCGACUCAUUCGAGAACUCUGGCGUGCCUGUCCAGAAGUUUUACAAAAUGUCAUCCCUCAGAUUGAAGCAGAGCUAUCAGCAGAGUCAGUCUCUCUACGAUUGCUGGCCACACAAACAAUCGGCGAUAUCACUGCAGGAAUCGGCGUUGCUGGGCCUCCUCCGCCCCCACCAAUGGACCCAGCAGCGUACCCACCCAUGACGUUGGAAGACUAUCUGCAGACCAUUCCCCAACCUAAUGUUCUCCUGACGCCUGUUUCCCCCAAGCCAUUUUCCCAGGUACACUCCUCAGCUUAUGAGGGCUUCUUGAGCCGACGGCUUGAUAAGACCCCUUCGGUGCGCGCUGCUUGGGCAACCGUUGUAGGCCGAAUUCUUUUGACCUCUGCUGGAGGGACUGGCCUGAGUGACAGCGAAGAACAGGGGCUUGUCCAGAGCCUCGCCUCUAUGCUCCGAGACGCAGAUGAGAAGGUGCGUGUGGCAGCCGUCGACGCUGUGGGGCAGUUUGGAUUCUCCCAUGUGGUCCACAAGCUGGGCGUGAAGGGCGGAUGUUCUUCACCAGACUCAAUUCUGGGGAUCCUUGCUGAGCGAGUGAAGGAUCGCAAGCCUCAGGUCCGGGAGCACGCAAUGAAAAUCCUGGCCAAGAUGUGGGCCGUCGCCGCCGGAGACAUUGAGCAGAACAGCGAGCCCGUUGUAUCCCUCCUCAAGGAUGCGCCCUCCAAAAUCUUCGAUGCAUUCUACACUAAUGAUCAAGAGAUCCAUGUCCUGAUUGAUCAUGUUUUGUUCGAAAUUCUCCUUCCGCUUGGCUACCCACCCGUGAAACCAAAGCUUGCCCGGGGAGGCUCUAGCCAAUCCCAAAAGCAGAAGGAUAGCCAGGCGACCGACGCUGAUCAAGAUAUUGAUGUCGAUAAGAUUAGAGUGCGUCGAAUCUUAACUUUGCUUCGUGGUCUGGACGAGAAGGCCAGGCGAGUCUUCUUCGUCACGCUGGCUCGUCAGCUUUCAAUGCGGUCUGCCGUAACUAUGUACCUGGAGGCUUGUGAGAGAUACAAUGGUGGCGUGGUUGACAAAAACGAGGACCAGGCGAAAGCCCAGCUUUCUAAAAUUAUCGAUUCUCUGUCCAAGACAUUCCCAGACCCAUCACGAGCAUCAGCUGAUCUCUGGAAGUUCGCUAAGGUCCAUGAUCGUCGGAGCUAUCAGCUUAUCCGGAGUCAUAUUCCGGCUAUCAUGAGUCUGUCCCGCACUGACGAGAACGGCCUUGCGAACGCGGCGCAGGAAAUGUUGAAACAGAUCUCCUCUCAGAACCCCGAAGUCUUGGAAGCACAAGUGCAAGAAAUGUGCAAGGAUCUAGAGGCACAGGCUCCUAAAGCCUCGGCAGCCGGCGACGCCAGUUCUGAGGAAAUCCUGAAGGCCUGUGCCGGAUUUGCGAAAAAGCUCCCGGCUAAAUUGCCCAAGGAACGUAAAUUUUACCAAGCUCUCACGAACUAUGCGUUGUACAGCUCAUCUCCGCAAGCCGCGAAGCAUGCCGUUUCUAUUCUGAUGGCCACUGCCGACCGCAAGGAGAUGUACGCAAAGGAUCUUGUUCAAAAAUGCGUGAAGAAAUGGACAUACGGAUCUAACCACUUCCUCACUCGUCUCGCUGCUCUGUCGCAGUUGAACCUGCUAGCUCCGCGGGAAGCCGAUGAAGAAAGCGAUGCCAUCAUCUCAAUCGCAGUCAAUCAAAUCCUGUUGACCAAUCGCAACCCCGAGGAGCAAUCCGGGUACACCUGGUCUGAAAACACGGACGAGGAGACGCAGGCGAAAGAGUGGGCGAUCAAGAUCAUUGUAAAUCGCUUACGCGCCAAGGAUGGUGCUGACGAUGACGACGACUUCCGUGCACACGCCGAGCCUGUCUAUGACACCUUGAACAAGCUUGUCGCUGGGGAGGGUGAAUUGUCGAAGAAAAAAGACACGCCCGCGAAUCAGAAGCCCCGCCUACGUCUUCUUGCAGCUAAAUCGCUUGUCAAAUUAUGUGCCUCGAGCAGUCUGUGUGACCAUCUUCUGACCCCUGCUGCGUUCAACUCAAUUUCCCUGAUGGCGCAAGACCCUCUCAUACAGGUGCGAAGUGGUUUUAUCAAUCAUCUGAAGAAGAAGCUGGUACAAAGGUCUCAUUUGGGACAUCGUUGGUAUAUCAUCCCAUGUCUGCUUGCGUGGGAGCCUACUUUGAGCCUAAAGGAGAGUACCCUCACUUGGCUUCGGUCCCGUGCAGCCUACUUUGCCCAACAAGCACAGGCAAGCGGCAAGCGUACCGAGCAGACCAUGGUCAUGGAACUUAUCUUCUCUCGCCUUUUGUCUCUUCUGGCCUACCAUCCCGACUAUCCUCCCGAGGACACGGAAGAGUCGAAGAAGCUUGCCGAACUAAGUGACUUCUCUCACUACAUCGUCUUCUACCUAUCCGCCGUUGCCAAUGAACAUAACAUGUCUCUUAUUUUCCAUAUUGCUCAGCGCGUAAAGCAGUUCCGCGAUGGCAUCACAAAAUCCGACGAAAUCUCCACCCGACUCCAUACCCUGUCUGAUCUUGCGCAAGCAACUAUUCGGCGGUUUGCCGAUAUCUACUCUCAACAGCACAAGUUCGGUGGUAGCAGCGGGGGUACAAAUAUCUUGCAAACCUACCCAGGCAAAAUGGGCGUCCCAAGUUCCCUAUUCGCCUCGAUGACUAGCCACCGUGAAGCCCAGGAUGUUGCAGACAAGAACUUCCUCCCGGAUGAGAUGGAUGACAUCCUAGAUCGUGUGGUGCGAACGGCAAUGAAGCCAAAGAGCUCAUCAAGCACGCACAGCAGUGCGGCGAAGAAGCGAAAGCCCGAAUCCCUUGGUGCUAAUGGCCACGCUUCGUCGAAGAAGGCACGAAAAGAAAAGUCAGCUCGCCCGCCACGCCAGUCUACCUCUUCAGUUGGUGGCUCCGGCAAGACGCCCCGACGCAAGCGCAAUGCAGACGGGUGGUCGUCUGAUGUUGGCGAGGGUGAUGACAUACCUGCGUCCGCGCGCCGACGCAGUAGUCGUGGCACGACGCAGCAUCACGUCAGCUAUGCAGACAAAGACAGCGAUGAAGACGACGAGGAAAUGGAGCAGUGGAAUGAAGAGAAGGAUAAUGAGGAAAGUGAAGAAGACGAAGAAGACGACCAAGAGGACGAGGACGAAGACAUGGACGACGGUAAGCCAGAAGAAGAGGAAGUACCUGCACAGGCCAGCGAGAAGGAGAAUCUCCUCCGGCGCCUUCUCAACGAUCUGCCAAAGCAUCAAAGGCGUCUAGAGCUAAGAGUAGCCCACCAAAACCUGUUACAACUACUCUGCCUACCCGCCGAUCAUCCCGUCGGGGAUAGACCAUUCUUGAAGUUGAAGCGAGCUUUAUGA